UUUUGUCUUUGAUGUGUGGUGAUUUGUUUGGGGUGGGUGGUGUGGAGUGUAUGAGUGAGUGGGAAGACGGCGAGAUCAUAAUACAUGUCUACCGGCCUGAAAUAGUCAUAUGCUCUAGGACCUUCGUAUAAUAGCAGUGUCGUCUAUAUCUAUGCAAGCUAUGCCUUCAACCUACCCGGUUUCUUCCCGCUACGACUCAUCCUUUCCAUCACCAACGACAUCCACGCACACUGCAAACAUAAGCAUGUGCACUCUCUGUGCCAAACUUAAUGGCAAGACACUUUCACCCAGCACCCGCUGACUAUAUCAUGUGAACCUCAUAUACUUCCAAGCCCUCCACAUCCAUGGACGCAACUCACCAUCUCAACUCACAACCAACAACUACACUCCUAUGACAAUUAACAAUAUGAAUCCUUUCGGCAACUCAGGUGGUGACGACUUCUUCGGCGGAGGUAAGGGCGGUUCAUUCGGCAAUCCAAUGGGUGGCAUGGGCGGCGGCCCCAUGGGCGGUAUGGGAGGAAUGAUGGGAGGUCCUCCCAUGAUGGGUCGCGGUGGAAUGGGCGGCGGCAACCCGCGUCAAGGCGGAUACUCUUUUUCCUCCACAUUCGACUCCUCCCGCCCGGAAGGCCAACAGUACCAGGAACACCACGAGCCCUUUGGCGACUACGCUGGCAGCCGUGGUGGUGGUGGCGGCGGACCUAUGAGUGGCAUGGGCGGCGGCGGCGGUCAAGAACACGCUCCACGCGAUCGUGGUCUCAUGUUCUCUGGUCUCACAUGCGCAGACAAUUUGUUCAGACAGUCACGCACUGCUGGAGCGGGACGCGCUGCCGAGCGGCCUAGCUAUCAGGGCGGCGGUGCUGGCCAGCAGCGAUACAUGCACCCUUGUGGUGGUGGGCAAGACCCGCGGUAUGGUGCCGGAUAUGAGGACCCUCGUGCCGCUGGACAGUACGGUCAAGGGAGUCGUUCAGGCCGCAUUUUCGACUUUGGAGGUUCUCAUCGUCAACAGCCAUCUGGUCCGCAGGGCUACUACGAAGAUGACUCGGAUUUAGAGGAUGAAGGGUAUCGACCGCAGCAGCAUUAUGUUCCUCAGCAGUCUUACGGCGGUGGCAGUGGUGGCUGUGCGCGUCGUACAGGCGGUGGAGGAGGUGGUGGUCGCCAGUUCUUUAACUUUGAUCGCAAUGGUCGGAAGAAUGACUAGGGCGAUGUUGUAGAUGAGGACGUACGAGCCCGUGCUACUAUCGCCGUUUUCUUCUUGUCUCGAGUUGGCUGAGAUAAGUGGCCUGGUUGGCGUUUGAGUUGAUCUCAUCUCUUUGUGAGAUACCUAGGUAGCUUCCGAGAGCUUUUCUCGAAGAUAAUACAAAUCUGUAGUAUGAACUUUAGUGUUUUGGCAGUGAAUAUAGUGAAAGCUUGAGUGAAUCAUUAGCAUGCAUUGUCUUAUCAUGAUGAUACCUAGGUACUCUAUAACGAUGACCACAAGGGU